AUGAAGCCACGGUGGGCGACCCUCUUGCUGCUGUGCUGCUGCUGUCUGGGCCGCGGGGUUGCCCGGACCUGGCCACGGAGCCACCAGCGGGAGGCGGCCGCCUUGCGGGAAAGUCUUAACAGACAUCGCUACUUGAACUCUUUCUCUCAUGAAAACUCCACUGCCUGCUAUGGACUAAAUCAAUUUUCUUAUCUGUCUCCCGAAGAGUUUAAAGCUAUGUAUUUAGGCAGCAAACCAACCUGGUCUCCCAGAUACCCAGCAGCAGGACAGACACCCAUCCCCAAUGUGUCUUUGCCAUUGAGAUUUGACUGGAGGGACAAGCAUGUUGUGAAUCAAGUGAGAAACCAGAGGAUGUGCGGAGGAUGCUGGGCCUUCAGCGUGGUGAGUGCAAUAGAGACGGCUUGUGCCAUCCAAGGGAAGCCUUUGAACUACCUCAGUGUACAGCAGGUCAUCGAUUGUUCCUUUAAUAACUAUGGCUGCAGCGGUGGCUCUCCUCUCAGUGCCUUGAGCUGGCUAAAUGAGACACAGGUGAAGUUGGUGGAAGAUUCAGAAUACCCAUUCAAGGCAGAAAAUGGCCUGUGUCGAUACUUUCCCCAAUCACAAUCUGGAGUUUCAAUCAAAGAUUUUUCUGCAUAUGACUUCAGUGGCCAAGAAGAUGAAAUGGCAAAAGCACUUCUGAACUUCGGCCCUUUGGUGGUGAUAGUUGAUGCAGUCAGCUGGCAAGAUUAUCUAGGGGGUGUAAUUCAGCAUCACUGCUCCAGUGGGGAGGCUAACCAUGCAGUGCUCAUCACAGGAUUUGAUAAAACAGGAAAUACUCCAUAUUGGAUUGUGCGAAACUCCUGGGGAACCUCCUGGGGAAUAGAAGGCUAUGCGCAUGUGAAAAUGGGAGGUAAUGUUUGUGGCAUUGCAGACUCUGUUUCUGUUGUCUUUGUGUGAUCAUGCAAUAUUUUGGAGUCAUCAUGAGACACCAUAAAAAUGAAGCUCUUCAUAGUAAAAUCUAAUAUAAUACUUAAUUCUAAGCAGUAUUCACUGUCAAGUUUCAACAACUGCCUGCAAGAGUUUCUAAGUGCAAGCUAGCAUUUUUGUAAUCAAUGGUAGGUCAUCCCAUUCUUGCAGAAAGAUGGACAACGAAGUUCAUAGGAAUCACCUCCUCCCUCACCACCUCCAUCACAUGGGCAUGCAAGGAAAUUUGGAACAGUGUGGAAUUCUGAGAACUUGUUGGGGUCAGAAGUCGCAUCAAGCCUUCCAUAUCUAGAAGCAACUGGGAUUUUUGCUUUCUUUUUUGUCUUUCUGGCUGUUUAUUGUAAUGGAGUACUUUGCUCAGGUUGGAUCAAAGAAAUGAUCAGAAUUUGUUUUCCUUUGUGACUUAUAGUCACAAGCCAUAGAUGACCUCAUCUACUAGAACUCUCAGCCUAAGGUGGUAUGUAUCUUACAAUCACAGCAGCCUUAUGAGAGGGAAUGCCAUCCUUAUGGAUUUGAAAUAUCAGUUGUUUUACUUCAGCAAAUGGACCUUACCCUAAACAGUUUAACAACUAUGCAUAAAGAAGAAAUGUGAAACUCCCUUCUUCAGAGAGACAACCCAACUGAAUUUAAUUGAAGCACAUGGCAUCUAUGUGAUAGGAAGUAACCUAUGGCACUUCCAGUGAGGAAAGCUUCACUGCCAAGGAUCCAGUACAUUUAGCUUCUUGCUUUCUUCUCUCAGUAGAAGAGAACGAAGUAUUUUCCACAUAUUUCUACCUCCCUUUUUCUUACUGUAAAAUUCCCAUAUGUUCCUUGUGGUCACCUUCCAGUUCAAAAGAACUCAGACCCAUUGUUGGCAUUCCAUUUCUAUUCCCGAUUUCUUAUUUAAAAAAAUUCUUUGACAUCUGCUAGCCCCACUCACUCUAAUGAAGGACUAAUGUGCCCUUCAUUAGAAUACUAGAAUCAAAAACAAAGCUCCAUAUUCUUCUUCCUGUCCCAGGAAGAAGCAAUCUCAAAAGAAUUUCCAGAGACUGGAGUAUGAAAAAAUAGCAGAAGACAGGUCUUAAUAUUUUGAAUAGAGUACUCUAAUUAUUCAAGGAUUCCAGAAAGGAAUUAAGUUCAGCUAUAGUUUUGGUUACUGACUUUCAAUAUAUUAUCAGUGGUUUUCUGAUACCCAAUUUCAAAUGCAAAAGAAGUUUUAAAUCCUCAUGAUUGUUACCUCUCAAGUAUUCUGUAUUUUGAUAACAUUUAUAAUAAAAAUCAAUAUUUGACUUUGAAUU